AUGGACAUUGCAGGAUUCCCUGGCAUUGUGGGUGUAAUUGAUGGAACACAUGUGAGAAUAAUUGCGCCAUCAGAGGACGAGGCAGUCUUUGUUAACAGGAAGAAUUUCCACAGCAUCAAUGUGCAAAUAGUGUUCAAUGCGGCCUGUAAGAUUUUGGACAUUGUGGCUAAAUGGCCAGGCUCCACACAUGAUGCGAGAAUGCUCUCCGAGAGUGGCAUCAGACAGCUUUUUGAGAGACGCUAUGUGCCAGCUAAUUGCCACUUGUUAGGGGACAGUGUCUACCCAUGCAAACCAUGGCUCCUUACACCUUACCUCCAGCCACGCCAAGGGCCCCAAUUAAACUAUAACAGGGCCCACAAGACAACAAGAGCGGUGGUGGAGCGUGGCAUAGGCCAGCUUAAGAGGCGCUUUCAUGUUCUCCACAGAGAGGUGCGGCUGAGGCCUGAAAAAGUCAGCAAAGUCAUCAUAGCCUGUGCAAUAUUACACAAUAUUUGCAAGGUUAGACAAAUUGCAGAACCUCUGGAGGAUGGCGAUGAGGAUGAAGACAAUGAUGAGGAUGGUGGUGAAGAAGAUAUUCACAUUCCACAGGGGAACCUAGCCCAAAGUGGACUGCCUUACAGGGCAAACUUCACAAAUUUACAUUUCAGGCAAGCUGUAGCCCCAUGUCAUUUGAGAACUUGUGAUGGUAUUAAGAACUACCACAGUUUUACUGCACAACACCUGCAAUUGUUAAAUGCAAUACACAGAACACAAUCUGUAAAUGGUUUAUUUUUUAGGUGUUCAAUUUUAAGGCGGUAGUACUCCUCCUGAAGGGAAAGGACUUUUUUUUGUUGUUCAAACACAUCAAUUGUGAGUUGCAAUCUUCUCUCCUGCAGGGAUGCUGACGGAGCAGGUGCUUCGGAUGGGAAUGGUGUUUGAUCCGCCGGGCUAUCCUGAGUAGCAGCUGCAGAUGGUUCAGGCGGCAAUCUUGUCGGGAAACUUGAUGGGCCCGGUUCUUGUGAUGGCUCCAUGCUACAGAAAUACAUAGGCCUAGUUUAAUUAUUGUUUUGAUUAAAUUAAUUUAAUACAAUGAGCAUGGAUAACACAUGAAAUGGCUGUUUAUUCUGCAAUGAAUAAACACUGUUGAUAUGAAUAACCCUGUGUCCUACCUUUGCUGCAUUUCAAGGGCCUACAUCAUUGACGUGUCAAUGCCUGUUGGCAGCCCGGUGACACUGACCUCAGAGUGUCCCAGGACUUGAAAGACAGUGUCGGCCACCUGGGACAGCCGCUUUGCAGGUGGUCCACCCCUUAGAAAGAAACAGUCAAUGAACACAGUACUUAGGCAUGUAAAUUAACUUUGCCAGCAGGAGCAAGUUGCCAGAUUAUGUGGUCGGCUAUAGUAUUUUGCUCACCUGUGAGUGAGGAUUCCCGCUUUGUGUGCUGCAAUCUCAUCUUUUGCCUUGGACUGCAGCACAUACCACCUUUUCUCACAAUCGUCGCCUGUCCGCACCACCGGUGGAAAAGAGGCAUUGAUUGUUUGGGAUAUUGUGUCCCAGGUGCGCCUCUUGCCUUGGCUAGUGACAGUUGGGUCAAAUUUUCCUCGUAACAUACUUUUAUG